CCGCCCGCCGCCACAGUCUCGCGCCAGCCGCCGACCAGCGCGCACGUCGCGCGCCCGAGCCCGCAAUCAGCUGACCGGCGCGCGCCCCGCGGCGCACAUGCCGUGAGGCCGCGCCCGCUACCAUGACGGGCUACGCCCGCGGCGAGGCCGACUUCGCGGCCGCCGACCGCUUCGCGCGCGACGCGCGGCCCGCCUCGCUCGCGCCCAAGGAUUACUCGGUGCCUUUACACGUAGACUGCAGUAUCGAAUACGAGCUUCCCGACUGUGCCAAGCCGCCGCAGGGCGUCAAGAUCGAGCCGCUGCUCAUGAUCCACCCGUCGCACUUCCGCAGGCUCGAGAGCCUGCGCCGCGUGCCCUUCGUCAACAACCUGCCGCGCGGCGACGCGGCGGCGGCGCCCGCCCGCGCCGCGCGCCGCUGCUGCCGCGCCGCGCCCGCGCCGCCCGCGCCGCCGGCGCCGCCGCGCGCGCCCGAGGCGGCGCGCCGCGUGCGCUGCGACUACGCGGCGCUGCCGCGCGCGCGGCUCAAGGCGCACCCCUACCUGCCGGCCGACGCGCUGGAGUGCGAGCUGGCGCGCCUGCCGCCGGCGCCCUACGAGCGCUUCGACAAGCGCGCGCUGCAGCAGCUGCCCAUCUACAUGUAGGAGUCUGUGAUGUUCCGUGUACAGUAGUGUAAGUGGACCGAUACCAAAUAGUACCUACGUGCGCGAGUGUCGUGCUCGGUGCGGACGAUACGGUGACAGACAGUCGCGACGCACGCCCACCGACCGAGUAUUUAUCCGCAGUCGCAUAGCCGAUGCUUCAUGAUAACUUAUUGUACCGUCGCUGAUUCAUUGCGUAUUCUGUAUAAGAUAUCAUAUCGAUAAUAAUUAUAUGUUCAAAAAUUGUAUUAUAAUAAAAAUAUGUACCUAUAGAGUAAAAAAAUGAAAGUGAGAAAAAUAUUACGAAUAAACUAGACUUAGUUAUGUUUUCGAAGGCGAAGAGCUUUAGACUCCCGAGUGGUAAACUAGAAUCGUACUCUACUCUCAUUUUGUAAGCAGUUAUGUUUGUUAAAAUUAUAUAUAAAGAGUCCUCUGAUGAAUAGUCUGAUUAACGAAUAUUCGGCAUGUAAAAGUCUUUAUAAAACGCUUACUUAGCAUAUCAUAGUAUUAUAUUGUGUCAUAGUCCAAUGCCAAAAAUAUAACUAUCUUUUUACAAAAAUCCUUAAA